GACUCAACGUAUUAUUUUUUGUUCAUUUUCUUUUUCUAAGUCCAAAUUCAUUUCAUUCAAUCAAAACCGUUGACUUUUCAUAUAAAUUAUCUCAAUUUGGACCAUUUACUUAAUUUUGGUCUUAUAAUACCAAUGGCCAACCAAACCAAAAAAAAUAAAUAAAAACCCCACUCCCAUAGCCAUAAUUCUCUUUAAAAAAACAUCAUGAAUAACACCACCACCACCACCCUCUCCGAUCCAAAUUCCGGCACCGACGGAUUCCUCGGAUCGGGUCAUAUCGGAGGGUUUGGGUAUGGGAUCGGUGUCUCAGUAGGUAUACUUCUUUUAAUUACAACGAUAACCCUCACAUCAUAUUUUUGUACUCGAAAUCAAACGAUAGAGUUACCACCACCAAGGAGAAGACAUAGAAUUAAUCGAAGUACGUUACAACACGAUGGUCAAGACGAUAACAACAAUAACAACAACAAUUGUAUAGUCGAUAUUAUUGGAAUCGAUGAGACAACUCUUUUAAGUUAUCCUAAGUUGUUGUACUCUGAAGCUAAGGUAAAUCAUAAAGACACAACAGCUAGUUGUUGUUCAAUAUGUUUAGCUGAUUACAAGAAUAAAGAUAUGUUGAGAUUAUUACCAGAUUGUGAACAUUUGUUUCAUUUGAAAUGUGUGGAUCCUUGGCUUAUGUUGAAUCCAAGUUGUCCUGUUUGUAGAACAUCUCCUUUGCCAACACCACAAUCAACACCUUUGGCUGAGGUUGUUCCUUUGGCUACUAGACCUUUGGGAUGAAUUCACUGCUCGACUAAUUCAGAUUCAUACGACAUAUAGAUCGUACGGAAAACGUACGCUUUUCGAUUGAAGAUACUAUAUUGGUAAUGAUAUUAGUCUCUUGAUCUUGUUUCUUUGGCAACUUGAUCUUUGGGACGACUGACUCGACUAAUUCAAAUGCACGUCAAGGAAAUGUCUUUAUUGGUAAUUAAUUACAUUAGUUUCUUGAUCUUGUUUAUUUUUUUUCUUAUAAUUGAUUUGUGUAAACUGUAGAUUAAUUAGUUUUUUUUCUUCUUACAUUGACCCCAUUUUCUGAAAAAUUUAGCAUAGUUGUAAUUAUUAGUCCUUGAAAGGGAAACAUUGAUUAGUCAAUUUUCUUGAUUUUUUUUU